AUGGACUCACCUGAUAGGUUCUCGACUCCUGCGAACGAUCUUGCUGAGGUGCCUUGGUUCCCCAAGAAGAUCUCAGAUCUGGAUAAGAGUGCCUGUCGUGUUCUGAUGUAUGGUUCAGAUUUGGACGCAGAUCAUCCGGGAUUCAAAGACAACAUUUAUCGUAAGAGAAGGAAAUAUUUUGCUGAUCUUGCCAUGAGUUACAAACAUGGAGAACCUAUACCACGUGUAGAGUUUACAGAGGAAGAGGUGAAGACGUGGGGUGUCGUUUUUCGGGAGCUGAAUAAGCUGUACCCCACACAUGCCUGUCGAGAGUACCUGAACAACCUGCCUCUGCUCACCCAGUACUGUGGCUACAGAGAGGACAACAUACCACAGCUGGAGGACGUGUCCAACUUCCUGAGAGAGCGAACUGGCUUCACCAUUCGCCCUGUUGCUGGGUACUUGUCACCGAGAGACUUUCUGGCUGGUCUGGCCUUCAGAGUGUUUCACUGUACACAAUAUGUGCGUCACAGCUCAGAUCCUCUCUACACUCCUGAACCGGACACAUGUCAUGAGCUGCUGGGUCAUGUUCCUCUGUUGGCCGAACCCAGUUUUGCACAGUUCUCUCAGGAAUUAGGACUGGCUUCUCUCGGUGCGUCUGAUGAUGCUGUGCAGAAGUUAGCAACAUGCUAUUUCUUCACGGUAGAGUUUGGCCUGUGUAAGCAGGAGGGUUCGCUCAGAGCAUAUGGCGCUGGGCUUCUCUCUUCAAUCAGCGAACUUAAGCACUCUCUCUCAGGCUCUGCUAAAAUCCUGCCCUUUGAGCCCAAUGUCACCUGUAAACAGGAGUGUCUCAUCACCACAUUUCAAGAUGUUUACUUUGUUUCGGAGAGCUUUGAGGAAGCCAAAUUUAGAAUGCGUGAAUUUGCAAAGACAGUCCAGCGUCCAUUCUCCCUGUGGUAUAACCCGUACACACAGAGCGUGUGUGUGCUGAAAGACAUGCCCAGCAUCAACGAUGUGGUCGAGGAGCUCAGACACGAGCUGGACAUUGUAGGAGACUCUCUCUGUCGACUCAGCGCACACCUUGGUGUCUGAAACCAUUAUGACUCUUGCUUAUAUCAAUAGCUUUUAUUCCUGCACUCUCUUAUAUCAAGGCACGUUACUCAACAUUCAACAAUGCAAUAGUAUUAUCUCAUGAUCUGCCUUCUCUGACUGAAGAGGUGAAUCGCUCUCAAUGUCUCUGUGAGCACCUUUCCUCUGCUACUGAAAAUCUGCCAAAUACCACAAAGCACUUAAACAAACACUGCUUUCAGGAGAGUCUUUAAGUGCUCUUUAAAUACACCAACUAGCUCAGAGUCCUUCCCUGCUAUUCAAACACCACCACAGCAAAAACUACAGCCAUGACAUUAUCUCAUGAUCACUAUAUUCAUGCAGUCUAUAUACUCUAACCUCUUCUCCACUCCAAACGCAGUCUCUGUAAAUACACAUGAAACAUGGAAAUGGUUAAUAAUCUUCGAAGACAAACCUUAGGUUUGAAAAGCACUCCUACAAUGUUAUAUCUUGAGGCUUUCACUAAUUUUUAUAGUCGUUAAAAAUAAAUACACUACUAAAUACAUUCUUAAUUCUAAACUUGUUGUGUAUUCUCAACCAGUUAAAGGGCUUUGUUGCUUUCCCAACAUCAAACCUACUGUACCUUCUAGGAAAUAGAGCCAUUAAUUUCUUACCAUGAGCUGAAUGAUUUAUUUAUUGGUGUUUGUGAUAUAAAAAUAUGUAACUAAAAUGUUUCACCUUUUUCCUAUUAUCCUGAUGUGAAUCUGAAACUGUGUUGUGUGUAUUGUUUUGUGUUCUGAAGACUGUAAUCCUUGCUGCUUAUC